AUGGCAUCUGAGCAAGAAAACUGCCACCUGUGUAAGGAAUACCUCAGGGAUGCUGUAUCCAUACCCUGCGGGCAUAUUUUCUGCUCCAUUUGCUUGAAGACGUACUGGGAUCACGCAGACCACACGGGCUCGUACCUGUGCCCGCAGUGCCGGGUUAACUACAACAAGAGGCCCACGCCGAGACGCAUCGGAAGUUCUCGCCACUCUACCAUGCAACGCAACUCGGACAACUUCCCGCCGCCACCUCCGUCCCCUGACUAUAACGUCGCCGGCCCGCAGGAUGUGGGCUGCGACAUCUGCGUGGGCAAGAAGAAUAAAGCUGUCAAGACCUGCUUGAUGUGCCUGGCAUCCUACUGCGACAGGCAUCUGAAGCCUCAUUACGAGUCGGCGACUUUUAAACGGCACAAGCUGGUGGAUGAAAUCGGCCAUUUGGAUCGGCAGAUCUGUCCCCAGCAUCAGAAGGGUCUGGAGCUCUUCUGUCGCACGGACCAAAUGUGUAUUUGCGUGCUGUGUACGGUGAAAGAACACAAAGGUCACGACAUGGUGUCUGCUGAGCAGGAGAGGGCGGAAGAACAGCAACGACUAGGUGGCACCCAGGCUGAGAUCCAGGAGAGGAUUCACGAUCGACUUAAACAGAUGGAGGAACUGAAACAAGCAGUAGAUGUACUCAAGAACUCAGCCCAGAGAGCAAUGCAAGAAUGCGAGAAGAUGUUUGGCGACAUGAUCCGCUCCAUUGAGAGGAUGCAGCAAGAGAUGGCCAAGAUGAUCUCCACCAAUAAGCGAUCGGCGCUCAACAACGCAGAGGGUCAUGUGGAACGUCUGACCCACGAGAUCACUGACCUGAAGAGGAGAGACAAUGAAAUCACUCAGCUGUCCCGCACGGAAGACCACAUCCACUUCAUUCAGAGCUAUCACAUGCUGAUAGCCCAGACUGAGGCUGAGGAGCUUCCCACCGUGUCCGUGAACCCUUACUUCACCUUUGAUACAGUUACUAAGGCCGUGUCUGAGAUGAAACAGCACAUGAACGAAUUUAGCAAUGAGGAACUGGUUAAAGUCGCCAAGUCAGUUAACAAAAUGACCUUUUGUCAACUGGAGGAAGGCAAAAAGAAACAUGUAUUUAAAGAUGAGGCUCCCAUGUACAAAUCUGUGCAAGUCCAGGAACCACAGCACAGGGACGACUUCCUGAAAUAUGCUUGCCAACUUACUCUCGACCCCAACACGGCCUACCGACAGCUCCACCUCUCUCGAGGGAACAGGAAAGCUGCCCUCAAAAGAGACCCCCAGUCUUAUGGCGACAACGCCGCCAGGUUUGACUCUUUGCCCCAAGUCCUGUGCAUGGAGUCCCUUUCAGGUGGCGCCUACUACUGGGAGGUGGAGUGGAGUGGGGAGGGGGCCGCCAUGGGGGUCACCUACAGAGGUAUCAAGAGGUCAGGUUACGGGGACAGCUGCCGCAUCGGCUACAAUCGCAAGUCUUGGAGCCUCUUCUGCUCUGACUCCAGCUACUCUGCACGCCACAACAAGGACCAGAUAGAAGUCAACGCGCCAUACUCGCCUCGAAUCGGGGUCUUCCUGGACCACCCUGGGGGAACGCUGUCUUUUUACUCUCUUGGGGAAACAAUGUCUCUCAUUCACCGCUUUAAGGCGACAUUUAAUGAACCUGUCUAUCCGGGCUUCUGGGUUUGGUACGAGUCAGCCAUCACUCUCAUCCCGCUCUAAUAAGAGCAUAAAGAUCUAUCUGGAAUAGUCAGUUCUCUAUUCGAAAACAAAGAUAUUUUGAUUACAUGUAAAGCAAUAAAAAUUAUACACUUAUUUGGGAAGUUUGGGAAACUGCAUUGUUGAUGACUAUGAAUAUUCUACCAAUGUGUGGAUUGUGCAAUCAGAUGACCCAAGUGUACUGCAUAAAUCUGCAUUUAAGUGUGUUAAGUACUUGAUUGAAAUAUCAGAUGUGAUUUUUAUAUGCCAUUUACACAACAUAUUUUUCAUUAUUUUUGUCAAUAAACAUUUUAUGAUGGCGUGUCAAGUAA